AUGCAGAUUUUCGUUAAGACUUUGACUGGUAAGACUAUUACCUUGGAGGUUGAAUCUUCUGAUACCAUCGACAACGUUAAGUCAAAGAUCCAAGACAAGGAAGGUAUUCCUCCAGACCAACAGAGAUUGAUUUUUGCUGGAAAGCAACUGGAAGACGGUAGAACUUUGUCUGAUUACAACAUCCAGAAGGAAUCCACUCUUCACUUGGUCUUGAGAUUAAGAGGUGGUAUGCAAAUUUUCGUCAAGACUCUAACUGGUAAAACUAUCACUUUAGAAGUCGAGUCUUCCGACACCAUCGACAACGUCAAGUCAAAGAUUCAGGACAAGGAAGGUAUUCCACCCGACCAACAGAGACUGAUUUUUGCUGGUAAGCAGCUGGAAGAUGGCAGAACACUAUCUGAUUACAAUAUCCAGAAGGAAUCUACUCUGCACUUGGUUCUAAGACUAAGAGGUGGUAUGCAGAUUUUCGUUAAGACUCUAACCGGUAAGACCAUCACUUUGGAAGUGGAAUCUUCUGAUACUAUCGACAACGUCAAAUCUAAGAUCCAGGACAAAGAAGGCAUUCCUCCAGACCAACAGAGAUUGAUUUUUGCAGGUAAGCAACUUGAGGAUGGCAGAACUUUAUCUGAUUACAACAUCCAGAAGGAAUCUACUCUUCACUUGGUUCUAAGACUAAGAGGUGGUAUGCAAAUUUUCGUUAAGACUCUAACCGGUAAGACUAUCACUCUGGAAGUGGAAUCUUCUGAUACCAUCGACAACGUCAAGUCCAAGAUCCAAGACAAGGAAGGUAUUCCCCCAGACCAACAGAGACUAAUUUUUGCUGGUAAACAAUUAGAAGACGGUAGAACUCUGUCUGAUUACAACAUUCAGAAGGAAUCUACUCUGCACUUGGUCUUGAGAUUAAGAGGUGGUAUGCAAAUCUUCGUCAAGACUCUAACUGGUAAAACUAUCACUUUAGAAGUCGAGUCUUCCGACACCAUCGACAACGUCAAGUCAAAGAUUCAGGAUAAGGAGGGUAUUCCUCCAGACCAACAAAGACUAAUCUUUGCUGGUAAGCAACUUGAGGAUGGCAGAACCCUGUCUGAUUACAACAUCCAGAAGGAAUCUACUCUGCACCUGGUUCUAAGAUUAAGAGGUGGUAUGCAAAUCUUUGUGAAAACCUUGACUGGUAAAACCAUCACUUUGGAAGUGGAAUCUUCUGAUACUAUCGAUAAUGUUAAAUCUAAAAUUCAGGACAAGGAAGGUAUUCCUCCUGACCAACAGAGAUUGAUUUUUGCAGGUAAGCAAUUGGAAGACGGUAGAACUCUGUCUGAUUACAACAUCCAGAAAGAGUCUACUCUGCACUUGGUUUUAAGACUAAGAGGUGGAGCUAUGUUAGUCUAA